AUGCAAGUUAGAGUCUUUGAUAGAGCUAGUCGGAGUGGCCUUGUGGUAAGGCCCCGCCAAUCUGUUUUCCAACUUCACCUCCCAUCCACGAAGGUCCUCUUUCGAGUAUUCCUUCACAUUUGGCUAUCUCUGUGUUGGCUGUUCCGCUCCUUUUCAUUAUUCUUUGGCAUCAUGGGUGUACCCGCUCUAUUCCGCUGGUUAAGCAAGAAGUACCCAAAAAUCAUCUAUCCUGUUGAAGAAGAAGACAGUAGAGUCACUGGUGACGAUGGGGAAGAGAUUGUUAUUCCUAUGAACAUGGCAAUGCCCAAUCCGAAUGGCGUAGAAUUCGAUAAUCUCUACCUCGACAUGAACGGAAUCGUCCAUCCCUGUACACACCCUGAGGGCAAGCCUCCCCCAGAGACAGAAGAAGAGAUGAUGGUGGAAGUUUUCAAGUACACAGAAAGAGUGGUGAACAUGAUUCGUCCACGUAAAUUAUUAUUCAUGGCCAUAGACGGUGUCGCUCCUCGUGCCAAGAUGAAUCAACAACGUUCCCGACGUUUUCGCUCCGCUCAAGAGGCGAAAGAGAAGGAAGAGGCAAGGAAAGAGUCCCACCUAUUAUGGGAAGCGAUGGGGAAGGUGGUACCUGAGGAAGAAAAGAACAAAGUAUCCUGGGAUUCGAAUGCUAUCACUCCAGGGACACCUUUUAUGGAAUUGCUAGCGUCCUCCCUUCGGUACUGGGUGGUUCAAAAGAUGAACUCAGACCCUGGUUGGAAAAAUAUCCAAGUCCUCAUUUCUGACGCCAGUGUCCCUGGAGAGGGAGAACACAAAAUCAUGGACUUCAUUAGACGGCAGCGCAGCAAUCCUGGACACGACCCCAACACGCGCCACGUAAUUUACGGACUGGAUGCUGAUCUAAUUAUGCUUGCACUAGCAACUCAUGAACCUCACUUUAGAGUUCUACGAGAGGAUGUCUUUGCGAACGAUACUAGUCCUACUGCAUGUCGAAUGUGUGGUCAGGAAGGUCACUAUGCUGCCCAAUGUACUGGCACAAAGGCAGAUAUACAGAAAAAACCGCCAGCACAGAAAAAGCCGUUCAUAUUUCUUGAUGUCGCGGUUCUACGGGAAUAUCUCGAAGUCGAGCUCGACGUUCCCAACUCCCCAAUGUCCUUUUCACUGGAACAAGCUAUCGAUGACUGGGUCCUCCUGAUUUUCUUUGUCGGCAACGAUUUCCUCCCCCAUCUCCCUUCCCUUGAGAUUCGCGAAGGCGCCAUUGAUACUCUGUUGAAGAUAUGGAAGCACGAACUUCCUAGAAUGGGCGGUUACUUGACAAACCAUGGUCACCUUGAGUUGUCACGAGCACAAAUCAUUCUUGAGGGUCUUGCUAGACGAGAAGAUGAAAUCUUCAGGAAGCGGCGUGAAGCUGAAGAGAGGCAGGAUCAAAAUGCCAAAAGGCGUAAGUUGGAGCAACAGAACGGCAAGAGCGAUUUCUCUGCAGGUCCUUCCCAAACAAUGGCCUUGACUGUGCCUCCUUCUGCCCCUUCCUCUACUUCACCAGCGCCCUCUAUCCAUCCAUCUUUGCCACAGCGUCCGACAUACGACUUUGCCGCCAAGGCAGAUUCCAUUGGAUUAGGGGCUAAACCAACUCCUCAAUCGCUGCAGAAUGUUCCCACUGCAGCACAGGCUCUCGCGGGUUCCAAUCGAGACGUCGUCGCCAAUCGCCGAGCUAUUCGAAUGGCAAAUAUGAGCGCAGCUGAGGUGCUCAAAGCGGAACUUUCAGGCCUGUCGCCUGUGAAACCUUCUCCAUCACCCUCUAAACCCGCCCCAGGGCCAGAACCUCCAGUAAUGAAAAGUUCCCCUGUACCUACACCAGUGGUCGAAGUAGAUGAGGUACCUGGGCUAGGAGCCACGAAGACCCUUCCAACCACUCCGGAAGCUGACGUGGACGCUGACGGAGAACCAGAUCCAGAUGUGAAGAUGCUUUCUGACGCAGAGGCAUCAAAUACCAAUGGCAUCGACACAGAGAUGCCCGACGCUUUGGCUGGAACCAAGCGUACGUUUGAGGAAGGACCCGGAGAAGACGACAGUAACGGCGCAACCGACGACGUGAUUGUCAUUGAGGAGGAGGAAGACAAUGAGGAGGAGGUACCCGCUGCUUUGUCGCUUAAGGUCAACCCUGACGGUACGGUCGAACAGGAAGAUACCGUAAAGCUAUGGGAACCAGGGUACAAAGAACGAUACUAUAGGCAAAAGUUUGGGAUUGAACUGACGGAUACCGAGUUCCGCAAGACUCUCACAAAGAAGUAUGUCGAAGGCCUGGCUUGGGUUCUGCACUACUACUAUCAAGGGACGCCAUCAUGGCAAUGGUACUACCCGUACCAUUUCGCUCCAUUUGCUGCGGACUUCGAAGAGAUUGAUAAGAUGGACAUUCGUUUCGAUCUAGGACAGCCUUUCAAGCCUUUCGAACAAUUAAUGGGCGUGUUUCCGGCUGCUAGUCGUAAACAUAUUCCAGAACCUUUCCAGCGCCUCAUGGUGGUGGAGGAUUCCCCCAUAAUUGACUUCUACCCCUCGACAUUCGAAAUUGACAUGAAUGGCAAGAAAAUGGCUUGGCAAGGAGUCGCCCUUCUGCCAUUCAUUGACCAGGAACGGCUUUUGGACGCCAUGGCGCUCGAGUACCCCAAGAUUUCGGAGGACGAAACACGGCGCAAUCGUUGGGGAAAUAACGUCCUCUAUACUUCGGUCGACCAUCCUUUAUAUCCAUUCUAUGAGGCAUUGUAUGGUAAGAAGAAGAUUCAACAGCCUAUUCCCAUCGACACAGAGCUCAGUCAUGGCAUGAGUGGAAGCGUCCUACCGAACCCGGACUGCAUUCCUGGGUCCACCUACUAUUGUCCUCUUGCAACACAAGACUUGCCAGACAUAAAGAAUGAUUGCUCCCUAUCGGUCCUAUACUUCUUCCCCAAACAGCUAACGCCUCAUCGCUCUGUUUUUCUCCCAGGAGCAAAAGCGGCAGCUCGUGUACUUUCAGCCGCUGAUCUUGAGGUUACUCGCAAUGGCGGACGUGGCCGUGGGCGAGGCGGUUGGGACCGCGGGGGCGGAGGACGAGGAAAUGGUAUCGAUCGCGAUCGCAAUCGCAAUGACCCAUUCCAUUCCAGGCCGAAUAGCUAUGGCCCUCAGGGAUAUGGCAAUGACCGUGGCCCUUCUGGUAGCAGGGGAGGUUAUCGGGGAGGUUAUGGUGGCGACUAUGGUGGCAGAGGUGGGAACUCCUACCAACAAAACCCUCCUCCGUCGCGGCCCCCUUAUCAAUCUCAAGGCCCAGCACCCAACUCUUACAGUGGUUCUAACGCUUAUGGGGGACGUGGAGGGCGCGGCCAAGACUACCCCAGAGGUAACUAUGGUCCUUACAACGGGUCCCGGAAUAGUUACAACCCUCCGCCUAACCAAUACAGCUAUGGCUCGUACGGGGGUUCAGCCAGCACUACAGGAUACGGUCAGAACGGAGGACAGAAUGGAGGCGGGUACGGCGGGUAUGGUGGAUAUGGUUCCGGUGGCAGCAACAGCUAUCCGCCAAGGGCUGGAGGCCCAUAUAAUACGCCUCCUAGUCGAGGGAGAGGACGAGGACGGUAA